UUUAGGUGUGAAGCAAUUGGAAGAAGCUGCAGGCUCCCUGUUGCGCACUUGGCGGAACGUACAGCCACAGAUCGCGGCGGCUCCACGCGUGGACUGAACCGAAAAUGACCUUCCCACGCUGAUUUUUACGCACAGCUCUGUGAAUGGAUUCUUAUUGAUCCGCAGGUGACAGGAGAUCAACCCGGCCGACGCAUCUGAGCGCGCAGAGACUUUACGCAUCCCCGGAGCGCAGCCGGACAGCUGCUGCGUCCUCUUACGUCUUUACCUGCUGCGGCUUUUCGGGGAGGACUUUCUGGGCGUGGAGGCUGUUUCUGAAAGACCAUCGGCAGCAGAGUUUGGAGCUGUGAGCUGCCUCAGUCGGUCUGAGAGAGGCUCACCGGUGCCAUGAAGAGCUGAGGCAGGCACGCCGCCCCAUGUGUGUCCAUCCGCACACCGGAGAGCUGCAGACAUCGCUGUCGUGUGUGUGCUGCGUUUGAAGCACCGUGGGAAAGCCGAACAGCAUGGUGCAACCGUCGCUGUGCUUCCUGGGGGGCCUUUUGGGCCUGUUUCUAAUGGCUCCCGUUCUGAUGGCUUCCACGCCCGCCAGCAUGUGCACGCCCCUCAAGACGCUCAACGACAGCCUGAGCCACAGGCGGCGGUACAUGAAGCACAACUUUCCCAUCAACUAUGCCAUCCGAGUUCAUCACGAGGAAAUCUUUAAGCUGUCAAAUAUCAGCAAAAUGAAAUUAAAGGUGGAAGGACUGGAUGAGCUGGUUCUCCAGAGGCUGUGGUUUCAAGUCAACCAGGGCGUCUUAAAAAAGAUCAUCCGGGUAUUGCCGGAGAGGCAUCCUUCGCGACCGUACACAGCGGAGCUGGAGAGACGGUUCAGGGAUGCUGAGGGAGUCUUUGUUCAGUCGCAUCCUGCUGAGGUGUUCCAGCAGGAGCUGCCAGAGACGAUCCAAGACAUUUGGGAUCAGUUAACGGAGGAGCCCGACAGGGUGCCGGAGUCCAGCUGGAGGUUCGCGUCUCCAAAAUCCCUGGUGGAUAACUUGUGCCACACCAUGUGCUGCCUUUUCUGGGAGUGCUUUUCCAGCACAGAAUCUUCUCAGGACUACUGUGAAGUCUCCCAUUCAAAGAAGGGCAGAAAAACGCAGAGCCCAGAACUGGAGACGGCGCCCACGGAGCCUGCAGAGUGGUGACUUCCACGUUGACGCCGCCCAGAGACUCCAGUGAUUCACAAUAAAUCCCAUUUCAACAAGUCAUUUCCAAAAAGAGCCAAGAUCAUUGUACAGACUGAAAACCUUGACACCAAGCAGCGGUGAGACCCGACAGAACAUGUUGGCAUAGCGACGCCACCAGUGCUUCACUUGGUAGCAUACAGACUUUCCAUGUAGCCGAAAAUCGGCUCGGCUUUGUGAGGAACCUUCAGGAUUUCAGCUGGGACGCCGGAUCUUUUCCUUGAGGACGUCUCCUGCUUCUGGUAACUCAUACGUCAGAUGUGUUUAUGUUUUCAUAUGUUAAUAACGAUGAUGAAUACAUUGUUUUCUGAGAUGGAUUCUUUGGGGAGGAACUUCCUCAGCAAAAGGCUAACAGAAAGAGACAGACUUUGUAACACAGCCAAACAUCAUGUUAUUUAAAAACAAAUGUUUUACAGCUGUGCUACAGGCCCGGAUUGCAUAAUCAAAAAGCUGUCCAAAAAAGUAUGUUCAUUUUCAUUUGCUGCUCUGUGGAUUUAUGUUCUUUUCAUCUGUGCAAAAAAAAGAGGAAGAAAAACAAACUUGGUCAACUGACAGUAUAUUUAUGUUCCUUUAUACCGAGCUCUGUAUUCAGCAUAAAUCUGUUUCAGUUUGUUUUUAUCAGGUACGCCAUGAUUUCAAAGGCAAGUUUGUGGAAAACAAUGAUGCAAGACGUAUAAUUGGUACCCGAGUUUUGCUUGAGGUUCCUGAGUUUCGAAAGGAAUCUGGAGAGAAGCCAAACUGGUGAAAACAUGACAAGCAUCGAGUUUUGUCUCGAUGCAAAAAUUUGAGUCUUCUGACUGAAGUUUUAAUAAAAAAAGACGUCAGAGUUCCCUAAAAUCUUCGGCUGAAGUUUCAAGAUGUGACAGGAAAGAGCACGAUGCCAUAAGAAUUAGGGCUGUAUAAUUAUAUCGAUUCUACAAUAUCUAUUUUUUUACACCCUUGAAAGUUAUUGAUUUUUCACUCGCGAGUAUCGAUACGUUAAACCAUAGGGGUCCACAGACUUAUACCGUCUUUUUAACAUGUCUGGUUUGUGACGGCGUAGCAGCAAGACUCCGCCUCCCCCAGUCUUACUUUCAACUUGUGCUUAAAGUGCACAUUAUAAACUACAUACCAGCUUUUAAAUUGUGUUAAUAGGCCAAGUAAAACCGGAGUUAUGCUAAAAUAAGUAAACCAUAUUUUUACGAAUGUCAGAGAAAUGUUCAAAACCGGCUUUUCCGGUUAUGUGAAAGGGAAUGAGCCUCCAAACGUAAAAAACGAAAUGCAACAUUAGAUUCCUUUGUUUUUGGAAAUCUCAAAUCUUAAACAAAUAACGAUGGGCUGUAUUUUGUUGCUAAGAAACGAAGUAAAGUUGUGCAAAUAACCGUGAAAGGAAGCGGAACGGAGGAGCGGUGCGAACAGAACAGCGGCAAAAGCAGUGAGAUCGCGAAAUUAAUGCAAAGUUUGGAUAUCGGAGCGACUAGUGGCAUCCACUUCGUAAUUUGUUUUUAGCUUAGUGGUUUCUGUUCUGUAUAUAAAGGAUAUAAACGAAUCGUAUCAAAUUGUACCGUUUGCCAAAUAUUGUGAUACAUAUCGUAUCGUGAUCACAAUAUCGUAUCAUAUCAUGAAAUUGUUGUAUUGCUACAUCCCUAAUAAGAAUAGCGCUUUCAGCAAGGUGACUGAUGUUUCAAUAGUGACCUACAGAAAAGCUUUAGUUCCUGAGCAGAAUGAGAAACUCCAUAAAUUAUCCAAGACUAAUUGAUUUGUUCUCAACUUCUCAAGAUUGGACACCACAGGGAACAUAUUGGAGGUCACAAAUGCAAGUCAAAUGUGUGAAAACUGUCUUUAACUAACUUUAAAGUCAUAAAAAGACUUUUAAAGCUGUCAAGAUGCUAAGAUGCAAAUAACUGAAUUGCAAAAGGUGCUUAAUAGGAUCAUUUUUUUUACACAUUUUGAACUGGGUGAGGAUAAAACUGUCACUUUAACAGUUCUGUGUAUAACAUUUGCAGACAAAGAAUGUUUUUUAUCUUAAAUCCAAAAUAUUUUGUGCAGUUUUGCUUUAAUUACUGCUCUGUAUGUGUUCUCUAAGCAAAAUUGCCUUUUUUGAGCCAGUAUGCUCCAAAUAUGGUUUAUUCAAAUACUAAAUUACUUGACAAUUAAUCGAUUAAUCAUUUCAAUCCAAAAGUAAUCAGUGGAUUCUUAAAGUUUUGACUGUGAAGUUUUCAUAUAUCCUGGUUGUUGUUUAGAGCUUUAUGUCUGCAGACUCUCCCAUGACUCUUUUAGAGGCUGAGAGUACAAAAGACGCUCCCAUCAUGCAUAUAAAAGCUGUCAUUUUUAGCAAUAAAGCUAUAACCGAUAGUUUUGUCGCAGCGAUUACGCUUUAUUACCUAAAUAAAGUCAGGACAAACUCCAUGGACUCAACAAAUUUUAAACAGAUUUUGAUGACAUGGGCUUCUUCUCAGGCAAAAAAAAUAACUUCUCAGGAUUAAAACCCCAAAUUCUAUCCAGAAAUUUGUCAUAAUUUCACAGCGUUUACACUGUGAAACUGAUUUAUAAUCUCUUCAUAAUCAGAAUUGUUUUCAAAUUCACAGAUAUUAAAUAGAUUUGCACCAAAGGAACAUGAAAGCAGAAGCAGCUUCACCUUGAUUUGUUAAUGAUCCACAGGGAUUACAGAUUUACUUUGAAUGAAGGACUUACUGUUCAAUCAGACGUCCCUUUUUAUAAGUCCGUCCAGCAUCAGGUGAUGCUAAUCCAGUUCCAGUACGCCGUCCUCAGUUAUAAUUUCUGUAAUCUCUUCCGUCUUUUUGAGAUUCACUGCAACUUAGUAGAGAAAUAGUAGUCUAGUUUCUAGUGCAAAUAUCUUUGUACACUUGAAAUAAGACAAUACUUUUUAGCAAGCUAUAGACCUUGUUUUAAGUCAAUAAUUCUUUAAUAUUGAUGAAAAAGUUCUUGUUCCACUGGCAGAUUAAUUUAUAACACAU